AUGGCAUCAAUCAUCAUCCCUCCAUUUCUCUCCGCCGGAAUAAUCAACCGUCGUAAUCUCCUCCUCUCCACCACCAUCGCCACCGUAUCACCUCCCUCUCAACUCCCUUCUCCUGACCUCACAAUAACCGAUCGCGUCUUCCUCGAUUUCUCCCUCUGCCCUACUUACUUCCGCUCUGAUCCCUCCGCCACUCUCUCCUCCACCACUCCUUGCUCCGAUUCCUCCCCUCUCGGCCGUGUCGUUCUCGGAUUAUACGGCCGACAUGUCCCUCUUACCGUCUCCACCUUCAAACUCAUGUGUACUUCCUCUUCUACUUCUUACAAAAACACUCCUGUCCACAAAAUCUUCCCUGGUCAGUUUUUCCUCGCCGGAAGACAAGGAUUACGAAGAGACACGGCGGAGAUUAGUCCUCUCCUUAAGGAUUUGCCUCGUAAUACUGAUGUUGUUAAUUCUAAGUCUUUCUUGCUCCCUCACGCUCGUCCUGGUCUCGUCUCACUUUGUUUAUCGGAAAACGACGACGACGAUGAGACCAGACUCGAUCCUAAUUACAGAAACGUCGAGUUCUUGAUUACUACAGGACCUGGACCUUGUCCGCAGCUCGACGGUGGCAACAUUGUCUUUGGAACUGUUCUUGAAGGAUUAGAUGUGGUGACGAGUGUAGCUACAGUUCCGACGUAUAAGCCAUCGGAGAAUAUUCGACAGUUUAACGAUUUUGCUGAGUUUAUUGGAGAUGAAAGAGCACAAAACGCACGAUCUUUGUGGAACAGACCUCUCAAGACUGUUUUCAUUAGUGACUGUGGAGAGCUUAAAGUCACUAAACCUUCACUCUCUCCUACUCUACCUUAA